GCCACAAGCGCAGCGCGCCCUGCUUGCGUCGUCCUGGCGCCCGCCGCGACCGGCCUACGUUACAAUCGCGGCUAUAAAGGCAGCGGGGCCGCGGCGCCGCCCACAGCUGUGAGCCCCGGCGGGAGACACCAGCUCCUCCCGUGCUGCCAUCGGAGGGCUCCCGGGCGGACGGGACAGGACGGGACGACGAGAUCACAGCAGCCCGUCCCAACCACGGGCCCACCCGCGAGAGAGCUGCCCACGAGCAUGGCUGGCAGCUUGAAGAAGCUUGCCAAAGCCGAGAGCUGCCGGCUAAUGCAAGAGAAAUUAGAGAGCUGGUCUAAGGACUAUGAGAUCAAUUCCUGUGAUCAAAAUCUGAACCAGUGUUGUGAAUUAAUAGAAAUGACAUCUGUGAUUCAAGGGCAGCUCUUCACAAUCCUCAAUGAGACAUCUCGAGAAAGUGGGCAUUAUGCAGGUGUAGAUACAAUAAAAACUCGUCUCCUGCCAUGGUUAGGGACUUGGUUUUCCCAUGCUACUUCAGGAAGACUCUUUGAAACUGGCCUCUUCUUGAAUCAGGAUUCAAUUGAGACAGAGAGAAAACUGAGGCAGCUGGCCACCAGUCAGACUUUACAGCUGCAGGACCUGCAGGAAGAACUGACUUCAACUCGUCUGGAGCUCAACCAUGUGCAGCAAGAUCUAAAGGCUUCCCGUGCCCAGGAGGAGGACUCUCUGAGAAGGUUAGAUCAUCUGAAUGACUGUGAGCAGCAGAUUGAAAGGUUGCGGGAUGAGCUUUCUAUCCUGGAUGCCCAGAAGUCUGUUUUGCAGAGCAGGAUUGCACGGAGCCGCUCUCCUUCCCCGAGGCGCAUCAGGAGCAGGUCACCUAGUCCUCUUCCCCUCAGGAGCUGCUCACCUGGCCGAGCCAGGAGCACAAAUGCUUCACGUCACGCCUUCCUGGUUGCUCGCUUUGGGGACAUUUAUUCUAAAGAUCGCUUUGAUGCAGAGAGAAUUUUGAGGACGUACAUCAGUGAUAUGGAGAUGGUGCAGAGGAUAAUAUACACCGCAGCAGUGGAGUCUUUCCAUGCAGCAAAGAUGGCCUACAGGCAGUUCAAAAUGCGUGUAAGAAAGACAUUAUCUAUAGGACAUUCGGGGCCUGAGUCACUUGAAGACACCGUUAUGGAUUAUAUAGUUCGCCAUGAGGAUCUGUAUGAUGUUCAAGCCAGCGUCAAUGAAGUAAUUCGCUCUAUGAACAUCAACCCAAAGAUUUCAUCCACACCAGAAUGUGAUUUUGCCGUCAUCAGCAGUUUUAUUCGAGAGCUAUGCCGUGUGGCUUUUUCAAUGCAGACACUCACUCCUCCUCUUGAUGUUGCCUUUGGUAUGGAUGGUGAGUUCUUCAGUGAGACCAAGUAUCAUCGUAGUGUUGACUCAGAUUACACAGCUGCCUUGGUGGCCUAUCAUGUAUGGCCUGCUCUGAUGGAAAAUGAUGUUGUGAUCGUGAAGGGAGAAGCAGUCACAAAAAGAGGAGCUCUGUGGUCUCACAGGAGCAGAAGUAGAAGUCAGAAUCGCAGCCGUAGUGUGAGUCCUCUUCUGUCUCACUUAUCUCGAAGCCGUAGUCCUUCACCACAGAGAAGUGGAAGUCCAAGGCAUUAAGAUAACUGGACAAGCUUCUGUGAUUCUGUACAUCCGGAUCCAUCAACAUUGCUUGUGCCUUUUCCUUUUCAAGGAAUACCUCAAAUGUCACAAUAAUGUGAAUGGCCGUGAACUCUAAA